AAGAGCCUGAAAAGCAGGAGGACAAAUCAGCACAUCCUGAAUCCUCACAAUCUUCUGAGAUGGGGGCUUUGAAUGAGAGAGCUGAAGAAGGGAAGAACGAUGAAAUGGAGGCUAAACAAGCUAGUGAAAAAGAAGCAACCUCAUCAGAGGAAGGCCCUAUUGACUCCUCCAAUCACAAUGACAACAUGACUGCAAGCGACAGUAAGGAUACUGUUAUACACCUGUAAGGAGGUGUUAUACACCUGUAUGGAUGUGACUUUAUUAGGUAAGCUUUUAGCUGCCUUCAUUCUUUCUCAGCCACUUUAGUUAUUUGUUUUCAUUAGCAAUAAAAGGUUAAUAACUCAGAAGCAGAUUUUUGUGCCUUCUUAAUUCACAGCCAUCAUAUCUUACUAGGGUUGCAAAGGGGUGGAACAUUUCCGGUAAAUUUCCGGAAACUUUCCAUGGGAAGUUAAGCUCGGGAAUUUUGGAAAUGUUGACAAUUUUUUGUCUGCCAGAAAUGUAAACCUAUGACUUUCUGUUGUUUAUGAACGUCUUUGUCAUUACCUAGCAUAUUGAUUUCUUGUUACACUGAAGCCAUGUUCAUUUUAAUACCAAGUUUAUUUGUAUACAUUAGGCUAACUUUUUACAGCAGUGAGAGUAGAAUGUAUGUAUGUACAACAUUCCUCGAUUACUCGCGUUGGGCGACUUAUCGAAAAUAAAAGAAAUUACUGCAAAUUAAAGGCUGAGCAAUAAACGUCAUUCAAAACUCUAUUUUAAAGAUGUAUGGAAUGCAGCACAGGGUGUAGCUAGCUAUUGUAAACCAAAUUGACAAAAUUAAUGGAUUCAUGUUUUAUUUUUUUCUCUCAACCUGACAUGAUCAAAUGCGUCAAAUGAGAGUCUAAAGUCCUCUUGUCCGAGAAAGCAUGCUGUAUCCAUUAUCGAUUGACAACGCAAACAGAUGUAUGAAGAAGAAGGAACAAAAUUGUCUAGCUGGCAAGUGGCUAACGUUAGCAAUUCUAGAUCUUUCAGCAUGAUCUUGGUUAAAACAAUCUGAUUUAAUGCAAAUUCAGUUGAAUUUCAACCCUGCACUGUGCAUUCCUCCAUCACAUGUGCAGUGCAUUUUUCCAUCACAUAAACAGAUAAUUCCCAGCAUCCUGCACACUACAGAAUAUUCCCGGAAUUUUGCAACCCCCUAUCUUACUGCCAUGUCUGUCUCAUUAAGUGCUAUAACUCAAGACUCAAGCCUUCUGAUGUUCCUUAAGACUGAAUGGUGAUGACAAUGUAUUGCAUGCUGUAGCUAUGGAUCCUCUGGAGACUGUGUAAUACUUUGAGGAGGCAUAUUUAGGCAUAUUUUGGAGAGAAAAAAAGAAAAAGUAUGUGAAUAAUUCCCAAACUGCCUAGAGAUCACUACUGUUUUUAGGUCACUAUUGGUAACUAUAGGUGCUAUUGUUCAGUCCAGCUGGGGCAUAUUACAUUUCAUAUGAUCUCUAAGAAUUUUUGAACUGUUGAGGAGAAUCCAGAUAAAAAUCACUGAUUCAAAACUUGCUUCAACUGACCAGGUAAUCUCUAUUAUUCAAAAUACCUUGAAUGUUUAAAGGUGUAAGUGGUCAGCUGUGUGUGUGCAGCUGUGAAGCACGUGAUGUAUGCUGUUCCUAAAAACGAUCCACUGCUCAGACCGGUUUUUCAAGUACUGUAAAUUCAUAUCAUCACACUGUGACUGUUUGGCAAGGAAUUGACAAUCAAACCGUAAAACCCAAAAUGAAGCCACACAAAGAAAAGUAAUGUGUGUGUAUAAAGGUAUCAUUUGUAACCAAGACCCAAUAAAUGCUUCAAAUUAUGAAAAUAUUUCCAGAAAGAUGUUGAUGUUUUUGUACCUGUAGCAUAGCAUUGUGGUCACAUACACAACAAUACAUAAUACUAAGCUCUCACACGAGGUGUUGAGCUGGAUUCAGUGAGCUAGGCACGAUCAGUUUCACUUUCAUUUCCCCAGAAAUAAAGCACCUAUGACAACGCUCCUGAAACCAUCAAAGCAGAAACCUCAUUGGCUGAGCUGACAACAAGGCAAAAAAAGACUGAACAAACCCAGCCUAGUCAUACUACUGUGAAAAAGGAGUGCUGGAAAUCAGAGCACAACUUGAAACCGAGCCUUACACAUAGAAGACAACACUGUGAAGGUGCACACUUCAGUAUCCAUCCAAAAGGAUGAAAUAUGGCACGUGUAUACACUAUUAAUACUGGCAACACGCUGAACAUCCAUACAACCUUCAAGACACGUCUGCCUAGGCGUUUGUGCAAAAAUGUAUCUAAAGUCGAGGACUGUGAUGUCAUCCUCGCUUUCUGUCCAGUCAUCUCUGGAGCUGGAAUUAACAUUGAGGCAGCGUUACAGGACAUUCCAGGUACGGCUAACGCAGACAGGUGGCCAGACAACACCGCAUUAAACACCGGCCUUUCCCCUGGGCGCUCGUCAUUCACCUUUUCCACCUUUUUUUUCUCCACAGAGGGCAAACCUUUAGCAUUAGUGGUGCUUCACCAAACAUUUGACAGCAACUACAUAGUGCCCGACACAAGGAGGUUCCUAAAGCGGGCCGACGCUAUCAGUGUAGACUGCCUGUUCACUGAUGACGGACUGAUGGGAUGCUCGCGUAACGAUGACGCAGUGCAAGCUGUCGCAGAGUUCCUGAGGCAACACAGGAAACACAGUCACAGUUACAGUCUGGUUCUGUUCCUGCUCUGCUCUGUUCUCCUCAUUUUGUUUUUUGUGCAUACAUCAAACAUCUCAGUUGAAACAACUAUAACAAACAUGUCCAAUAACACAAAUAGAACAAAAGUAUCACAGAGUGAUAAACUGUUUAUGUUAUUUUAUGUCAAAUACAAGACCAAACACAAAUGCAUUCUGGGUGUUUGGGGAAUGCCACAGUGUCGACAAAAGAUCACAAUGGCUCAGCGCUUCAACCGUUUCAAGACAGAACUUGAACUGAAAAUGCAGCAGGAGAAAGAGGAAAGGAUGGAAGAAAUACGUUCUCUCAAGAAUGAGAAUCAACAACGCAUAGACUUGCUGGAACAACAUAUAAAAGACUCACAACUGAAAAUGCAGCAGGACAAAGAUGAAAGGAAGGAAGAAAUACGUUCUCUCAAGAAUGAGAAUCAACAACUCAGAGACCAUCUCAACAUGCAGCAGGAGCAAGUAAGUUCUCUCAAGAAAGAGGUCCAACAACUCAGAGACUUGCUGGAAAAACAUAUAAAAGACUGCCAAGCUAUCCAAAACUCAGACUGUUAUGAUACAUGGUAGAAAGAUGGCAGUUCAUCUACAUGACACUGCUGUGUUAUACACCUGUAUGGAUGUGACUUUAUUGGGGAAGCUCUUGGGGAAGCCUUUACUCUUUCUCAGCUAAUUCAGUUAUUUGUUUUCAUUAGCAAUAAAAAGGUAAUAACUCAAAAGCAGAUUCUUGUGCCUUCUGAAUAUACAGCCAUCAUAUCUUAUUACCAUGUCUCAUAUAGUGCUAUAACUCAAGACUCAAGCACUCUGAUGUUCCUUAAGACUGAAUGGUGAUGACAAUGUAUGACAUGCUGUAGCUAUGGAUCCUCUGGAGACUGUGUAAUACUUUAAGGAGGCCUAUUUAGCCCAUAUAUAGCUAACUGCUUUCCUAU